AUGAGCAGCGAUGAUAACAAUAUGCACAAAGCUUUGUCACUUGUAUCAUAUGCAACCCCAAAUUAUCCAAGAAGCUUUGUUAGGAGGAAACAGAAGCCUAAAAGGUUCUUUUUAGGGUUUAGGGUUCAGGGGGCAGGGAUUCUGACCGGGAACGAGAUCGAGAAGAGGCUGAGAGGGACAGAACCAAGGACCGAGGUUAUCGUUCCAAGGAUAGAGCAAAAGAUUCAGGGGGGCAUUUGGAGAAAUCAAGACAUCAAUCGUCCCGAGAUCGCGACUAUCACAAUUCCUCCUACUCUUCACGGGAAAAGGAUCGCCAAGACAUCUCUCUUUUUCACCUAA